AUGACGACAGCUAUUAAUGUAUGUGCUAUAAUGAGGGAUCCUGAUUUGUGGGAGAAACCAAACGAGUUCCAACCUGAGAGGUUCUUAGAUUGUCCCAAAGAACAAGAUAAUAACCAAGAUGGUGAAACAAAGAAACAACUUCUCAAUUUUCUUUCUUUUGAAGGAGGAAGAAGAAGCUGCCCGGGUUCACUCUUAUCAUUUGCCUUGAUGAAUACUGCAAUUGCUGUAAGGGUUCAAUGCUUUGAUUUUGAAGUAGAUGGACAUGACGCUAAGCUUAAAUUGGAAUCUGGAACAGGCAUGUCAUUGAGCUUGCCUCAGCAACUUCUUUGUCGUCCUGUGGUUCACUUCAAUCCAUUUGCUUAA